AUGUAUGGUUUGAAUGAUUUGGACGCGAUAUCGCAGAUUUAUUCCUCCAAAAGUUACAAUCCAGUCAAUUUGGCAGCCUCGAUCAGCUUGAAUCUGCCUGUAAAUAUGCUGCAAUCAACUUCUUAUAAUAAUUUCAAUUAUAAUCGAAGACGGUUAUCACUCAUUGAAGCUUUAAACAAUUCUAUCCAAGACGAUUUUUGUAGUCCGACAACUAAUUUGAGCAUCGCUGGAUCAACAGCUGUUCUGCCGAAACCUCAGUCGCCGAUAUACUACAACAGCACAACUAAUCUUAAUAAUAAUAAUAUUAAUAAUAAUAAUAGUUUUUAUGAAGACGAGAUGAGCAAAUCGGCCAUUUUGAAACAACAUGAGCCGGAACGGAUUUAUUCAGUUCGACAAAUACUUAAUCAGAAUCAUGAUCUGUUGGACAGAGGACGACUUUCCAUGCGAGUCCCAAGAAUCUAUGUGAAGAAUUCUCGUGAUGAAUCGUUUAUCCAGGAAGUACCAAGAAUUGUCCGAACUCGAGUUGCUAAACGAUCUAAAAGCCAACCAAACAAUAAUGGAGGCAGUAUGGGAAAUUCUUCUCAAGAAUCUGAUCUAGAAUACGAUUCGCCGUCAUCAUCCCAUAUCUCUCGUGUAGAUUGUGAAGAAUCAUCAUGGCAACGAGGAUGUCGUUGUUCUCUUCAAUCAACUUCGAGUUCCAUCGCAAGUCGGAGCGGAAGCACUUCAAGUGGUGAUAGUGGGAUAGUUCUAGCUGAAGCUUCAUGGGAUCAUGUAGCUCUGAUGCCAGACGAAUUACCGUUUGCAUCUGGGGACGUAAUAACCGUCAUUGAUACUUCUUCUCAAUCUGGUUUAUGGUAUGGCUCAUGUCGUGAUAGUCAAGGAUGGUUCCCAUCCAGUCAUGUUCGGAUUUUAUCAACAAAUUCCCGACCCACAUCAAGCUGUACGCCAUCUGAAUGGGAUCCUCAUUUGCGUAAAAGACGAGGAAAAGUUGUAGAGGAGCUUCUACACACAGAAAGGGAUUAUGUGAGGCUGUUAGAAGAUAUUGUUCAAGGAUUCAUGGAACAAACCAGAAGGCGUCCAGAGUUGUUCAAUGCUAAUCGAAUCCGGAACAUAUUUGGAAACAUACAUUCCAUAUAUGUUGUUCACUCCAAGUUACUGCGAGAUCUUGAGAUGGCUUUAGACCAAUCAACUCCCGAGAACUCAAACAUUGGCGCGGCUUUUCUACGAAAUAAACAUGCUUUUUCGAUCUAUUCGGAGUAUUGCAAUAACCGGCCAGUUUCCUGUGCAGAAUUGGCUCAACUAAGCCGGCAGUCUAUAUACAGACAGUUCUUUGAAGCUUGCCGCCUACUCAGAGGCAUGCCCAACUUGUCUCUGGAAGGCUUCUUGUUAACUCCUGUACAGAGGAUCUGUCGUUAUCCUCUCCAGCUGGCUGAACUAUUAAAAGCAACGCCUGUUUGGCAUGAAGAUGCUGCCGCACUAGAAGCUGCAGAGAAGUGUAUGAGGGAUGUGACCGCGAGUAUAAAUGAUAGAAAAAGGAGAGUUGAAACUUUGCAAGAACUCGCUAGAUGGCAGAGGAAUGUUCACGGAUGGAGGGGACCCGACCUCUUAGAGAAUAAUUCAGCUAUGCUUAGAAGUGGUGAAGUCCAUAUCAGAGUUGUAGCAAACGGGCAUCAACAGUAUGCCAAAGAUUUAAUUAUGUUCUUAUUUGACCAGUCGAUCGUUUUCUGUAAGAAAGAUCCUUUGAAGAAGAAUUGUUUCAUUUUCAAAGAUAGAUUGUCUCUCAAUCUCGUGAACCUCGUGGAUUGUAAGGAUGGCAAAGAUUCCACGUUCAAUUGCUCAGUAAAGAAUUCUUUGAAACUGGUUUGUAAUAGUCGUCAAAUCCUUAUUACCUGUCCGGAUAAGAAAGCUAAGGCUUCAUGGUUAUCAGCUUUCGACACAGGCUCCUCGAAGAUUUCACCAGUGACAGCCGAAGAGAAACGAUUAGCUUUAGCUUCUUUACAUUCGAUGGAAUUCAUAUGA